AUAUCAACCAUUUCAGCCCUGUGCUGCUCUCUAAGGCAGUAAUGUCCCCCUCAUCCUCUUCAGCAUUGGAGAUGGAGAUCUUCCAGUACAUUGAUGCGCAUCAAAGUGAUUUCAUCAAGGAUCUGAAGGAAUGGGUGGCUGUGGAAAGUGAUUCUAUUCAACCACACCUGAGGAAAGAAGUAAUGCAUAUGAUGGCUUUGGCAGCAGACAGACUUGCAACUCUGGGAGCCACUGUUAAUUUAGUAAACUUGGGGUCACAUCAGCUGCCUGAUGGCCAAGUCCUCCCACUGCCUCCUGUGCUUCUUGGAGAACUGGGGAAGGAUCCACAAAACCCCACUGUAUGUUUCUAUGGUCAUGUGGAUGUGCAGCCUGCCAAGAAGGAAGAUGGCUGGGACACUGACCCCUACACACUGACUGAAAUCAAUGGAAACCUCUAUGGCCGUGGAACAACAGACAAUAAGGGACCAGUCCUAGCUUGGAUAAAUGCAGUGGAAACAUUCAGAGCCUUGAAAUUAGCUAUGCCAGUGAACUUCAAGUUUGUAAUUGAAGGCAUGGAAGAAGCAGGAUCCUUGGGGCUAGAGAAGCUACUUGAGGAAGAAAACCAGCGCUUCUUCUCUGAUGUUGAUUAUAUUGUAAUUUCAGACAACCUGUGGCUCAGCAACAAGAAGCCUGCCCUCACCUAUGGGAGUCGGGGCAAUGCUUGCUUCUUUGUGGAGGUUGAAUGUGGCAGCAAGGACCUUCACUCUGGAACUUUUGGGGGCAUCAUUCACGAGCCGCUGCUGGACCUGAUAGCGCUGCUGGACAGCCUUGUGGAUUCCACAGGUCAUAUUCAGAUUCCUGGAAUCUACGACAGUGUUGCUGCCCUGACGGAAGAGGAAAGGAAGUUGUAUGAAUCGAUUGAAUUUGAUCUAGAGGAACAUAGAAAUAACUGUGGUGUGAAAAAAUUCCUCUAUGGCACCAAGGAAGAAAUACUUCUACACCUGUGGCGUUACCCCUCUCUCUCUAUUCAUGGGAUUGAAGGAGCUUUCCAUGAACCAGGCAUUAAAACAGUCAUUCCAGCAAAAGUAAUUGGCAAAUUCUCAAUCCGUCAGGUCCCCAACAUGGACCUUUCAGUUGUGAAAAAACAGGUGGUGGACCACUUGGAGGGUGUCUUUUCCAAGAGGAACAGUCCAAACAAACUGAAAGUGUCCAUGCCUUUGGGUGUAAAGCCCUGGCUUGCUGAUUUUAAUGAUCUACUAUAUAAAGCAGCAAGAAGGGCAAUAAAAACAGUUUUUGGAGAAGGUCCAGAUUUCAUCCGUGAUGGCUCAACAAUUCCUGUUGCCAGAAUGUUUCAGACUGUAACACAGAAAAGUGUGAUGAUGCUUCCGAUUGGAGCGGCCGAUGCUGGGGAGCAUUCCCAAAAUGAGAAAAUAAGCAGACACAACUAUAUUGAAGGAACCAAAUUGUUUGCAGCUUUUUUCCUGGAGAUAUCAAAGCUACAUCGGAACUUAAAUGAAACUUCCCACACAGAGACUAUCAACUGA